AUGCGUCUGGCACUGGUCCUACUCUCGAUGGUGGCAGUAUCAGCUGCUGCUCCAUCAACCUUCUUCAACAAUGCCUACGAAUUUUCCGAUGAACUAGCAGAAUUCUACGGCAAAGUCAGCGAAUACAUCGACAGUGCGAGACACGAUUUGACACCGUCCACCACCUGCGACACAUCCAAGAUCUCGCUACCCUCUUUCGCCUCGAGUUUUCCCAGCCCUGAUGGGGUCACACCCAUGUAUGCUGCACUUGGAAGGGGCACACAAAACUAUACGUGUGCCGAUUCCACAUCUAAAUCCGCCCCGGUGGCCAUUGGGGCUGUGGCCAACCUCUACGAUGCCACAUGCAUUGCUGCCAACUACCCAGACCUCAUGGCAAUGCUCCCCAACAUUGCCUACAGGAUCGCUAUGCCGACAAACGAAUAUGCUGCAUUCCCCCCAGCCAAUCUUCAGCUGAUGGGACACCACUUCUUCUACGACUCCACCACCCCGGAAUUUAAUCUGGAUACCACAAAGCUCAAGCAAUAUGGGAUUGCCAUGACCAAGAAGCAGGAUCAACUUGAUGCACCUUCAGACGCAGCCAAGGGUGAAAACGGUGCCGUUGACUGGUUGUACCUCACAACAACCACUGGUACCAUUGGCAAGUACAAGAGUGUCUAUCGAGUCAACACUGCAUCUGGAUCCCCACCAAAGACAUGUGAGGGGCUGCCAUCCACUUUUGAGGUCCAAUAUUCUGCAAACUACUAUUUCUAUGGAAAUUAA